AUGCUUUCCGGGGAGCAAGGCGCCAUACUUGGCCACUCCGGACCCUCCCUCUCCCCUACACCAUCUUUCAUACAAACUCACACACUACGACCGCAUCUUCUGAACAGACGGAAGACUGUCCAUUCCAUUUCGGAAAUUUCCCCUAAGCGGUCGGAUCUGCGGCUGGCCAGUAGACCCUCGCAAAGCUCUGACCACGACGUUGCAAUGAAAUCACCUUUGUCAACGAAGAGUAAGGACGGGGAGAAGGAAUCGAAGAAGUGGAAGAAGAAAGGAACCAUUUUGCGCGCCGUUCCAGAUGCCACAGCUUGCGCGGCAACUCCGCUAAUCUCCUCCAUUGAAAGGGAUAUGGCAAUGCUGCCAAAUGAAGAGGUUCUGGCUCGUAUAUCACCACCGUCACCACAGAAAACAGAAGAACACCUCCCCGUCCGUCCACCGUACCAAAACAGUUUCAAUCGAUCUCACACCCGGGCUAGCAGUAACAGCGGAACGACACUAUGUACCAUUCCCGCGGGGACCGAAAUGCAAUUCCCUGAGCUCAAAGGCACCAUCGGCAUCUACAAACAUGGACGGAUAGAAUGGGGUUCAAGACAUGACAUGGCGGGGAGGAACCGGAGACCAAAAAUUCAAGUCGUCAUUCCUAGCGACCAGCGCAAUCGACCGUUACCAACAAGCCCCUUUUUUCGACAGGGUCCGUUCAGCGUAAAGAGCAACAACCAUAUCAGAUCCGCGUCCGCCGAGUACGGAUUCUCUCACGACGUAUCCCCGCCAUCCGGAUCAAGAUCCGUACGUACACGGGACUCCGCUGUCUCUCCGUUGAGCGCGCAACACCACCACCAUCACCAUCCAUUGACGCACUUCCGCUCCUUACCGGCCGUACGCGAAUCACCUCAAAGAGGAGGUUUCCUAUGCGCAACCAUACCCUCCAAUACCGCCCCAUCCCACUCGUCAGACGAAUCUCCGGCAGAUGACGGCUCAUCCGUCUAUUCGAAACGAUCCUCAAUGUCGAGUAUCGAAUCCGACAGCCCACCUCCAAAAUUCGGUCGCAUCAACUUCCACGAGCGCUCUGCCAGCGCAACAUUCUCGAUUACCUCUCCAGUGAAAGCAGGGAUCUUCGACAGUGAGACGCCCCCAACGCCACACAUCGAAAGUCAGCCUCGGGAAACUGGACCGCAGAUGCCCAUCCAUAGUCCUGCCACGCGCCGGUAUGCGCCCCAUCCGCCCAUUGAAGAAGAUGUCGAAUUCAUACCGACGUGCGACGUGCGCCCGCUGCGAGUAUCCAGUGGCAACCAUAAUGUUCGGCGCCGGCCAACGGCCAAGCGCAAGUCAUCUGCUGCUCGCUGCAGUCACCGAAAGACACUGUCAGCUGAUCCGGGUAUGGGCGCCAUCAAUGAAGCCAUCCAACGCUCGUCAUCAGCACAGCACGCGCGGGAUAUCUCCACUCCGACCCUCAGUGAAGCUGAGAAUGACCUCGAGCAAGAACUUACGACAUGUCCAGGCGCCAGCACCUCCAAGUGGAGUCCUGCAUCCGAUGAAUGGGAGACGGUGCCCGAGACGGAGGCGCCUCCAGCCUUGCCGCGGAAGUCCAGUAAAAGGGCAUCGACUAUGCGGAACAAGGAUGCGAAUUUCCGCCUUUCACGGGUCCCGGGGAACCAUAUCGCCUCGCAGUUCAAAAGGACCCGCUCUUUAGCAAAGAGUAAAGGGCUGACAAUUGACAUUCCCGACAAAAUCAGGAGCGUUCCCGAAACCGUCGAAGCGUCUCCCGUCCCUCCCCGAGCGCAACCCCGAGCUAUCACUCCCGAUGUCGCCGAGAACGUCAUAUUCACUAUCCUUCGCAACCUAGAAACCUUUGACGAUUUGUUCGCUACAGCUGUGGUCAACCGGGGCUUCUACCGGGUCUUCAAACGUCAUGAGCUGGAGCUGAUGAAAUGCGUGCUGAAAACAAUGUCGCCUCCGGCCUGGGAACACAGGGAGUUCUGCUAUCCAGGGCACGACGAGAUCGAUAACGAAGACGAGGAGGAUUUGGCCCUUGUGCGGCGACCACGCGAGUAUACGCCAACUACAUACUUCCAAUACUACACCCGGGACUUGUAUAUUAUUGCCGCCCUGAAAUCCCUCAUCAAAGAAAAGUGCCAGUCCUUCCUUCGCUCCGAGAUGGCCGUCGCAUUGGCAAGCACCGAACGCGCCGAGUCGGCGCGCGUGGACGACGCACUCUGGCGCAUCUGGACGUUCUGCAAGAUCUUCGGAUGCGGCAAGGGACGUGAGGAAGACAUUGUGGCGCAGAUGGAUUGGUUAAAGGGUGGAGCGUUGGUGCAUCAGAAGACGUGCACUUUUAGCAUUCUGACGACGGAGUCUAUCGAUAUGAAUGGGAUGCUGGCGAGUGCGCCGGAGUGUUUUGGCAAGGGGAAUGCAGGCGGGUUGACUGCGGAAGAGCUGUUUGAUAUGAUGGAGUUGUGGAACUGCUUGGGAGUGCUGUUGCAACCUUUUGAAGGUCGGACGAUUCAAGCGAGGGAGUUUGGGGUCUACGAGAAUACGCACAUUCGUGGGGGUGAUAUCGACGGAGAGGAGAUGAUGUUAGAUGAAUGGUACUACUACCUCCUCACUCUGGGACUCUCCCCCAUCUUGGACCUCUCGGGCCCCUGCUCCCGCCCCGACUCCUCCGCCUUCGUGCUCGCCGCCCAAAACGGCUGGAUCUCCAACUGGACGCCCCCCGUCUUCGGCGGCUCUCGCCGAAACUUCCUCAAAGAAGCCGCCUCGCGCGUCUAUGAGGAGAAAAUCGCCGUCACGUACGCGGAGAGCUCGACCAAGGAGAUGCAGCGGCAGAUGUCCAAGCAGCGCAUCCAGAGACACAUCAGUGAGCUAAGGCAGAGGAGGGUUCAGGGAGUCGAGAGUGGGCGAUUGCUAGGGCCUACGCGGAUGAGCCAGGAGAGACCGAUCAGCGAGUGGGAGGAUGUGAUCAAUAACUUGACAAGGCCGCGGGCUGCACCCGGUACGUCCUCGAAUCUUGUGUCGCACAUCCCGACACUGCGAUCAACGACGUCGAAUCCCGCUCUCGCGGAGCAACUGUCUGCCACUCCCGCACCUGAACCUCAACUUCCACCACCUCCACCACCGACAGCGCAGCAAGCAAACCCCUCAGCCACUCGAUCCGGCCCCAACCGCACCGUCGCCCAACCACUCCUCCCCACGCCGCCUCCCUCCACGGUGCCCAGCGUCUCAGGAGAUCGCAGAAGCAGCACCGCACCCAGCGUCAUCAUGCCCUCCAUCACCGAGCACCCGGCCUUCCGCUUCCCGGACUCGAUCCCGGAAAUGCCCGCCCUGCACGAACAUCCCGCCUUCCAGCAACAGCGCAUCCACGAUGACGACCACCACCAUGCCUUCCCCCACUCCGCCCCCUCCGUAUCCUCUCAGUCUCAGUCUCACGCCCAGCACUCCCCUUCGCACUCCCAACGGCCCAGCACCUCGUCCUCAUCCCACCACCGCAUGCAGCACCAGCACCCAGCGUUCUCCCAACACCCGCUGCAAUCCAGCAUCUUCGGCAGCGACGCGGCGGAGAACACGGCCGAGAAGGCCGUCUUUCGCAUCGUGGAGAUGGGGUUCACGGCGGAGCAGGCGCGGAGGGCGCUAAGGGUCACGGAUCUGGGGGAUGGGUUGAGGGUGGAUCGGGCGGUCGAGGUGCUGCUGAGGGAGGCGGCGUAGAAGGGGGAGGUUCUGCCUCAGCUUCUUUUCUUCUUUCCUCUUGUUUUCUUACUGGCUUUUGUGUGUUUUCCACAAAGGGAGGGUUAGAGAUGAUGGACAUGCAUUUCCACCGGAU